UCCUCAGGCAGGACUAGGGCAGGGAAGUGAUCAUCGAUCAAGCGUAUAAGGAUGGGGAGAGCACCUUGCUGCGACAAGGCCAGCGUGAAGAAAGGCCACUGGUCGCCGGAGGAAGACAAGCAGCUGAAGGAGUACAUCGAGAAGCACGGAACCGGCGGCAACUGGAUCGCUCUCCCCCACAAAGCUGGGCUGAACAGGUGCGGGAAGAGUUGCAGGCUGAGAUGGCUGAACUACCUGAGGCCCAACAUCAAGCACGGGAGCUUCUCCGACGAGGAGGACAGGGUCAUCACCAACCUCUACGCCAGCAUCGGGAGCAGGUGGUCCAUUAUAGCCAACCAUCUCCCCGGAAGAACUGACAACGAUAUCAAGAACUACUGGAACACCAAGCUUAAGAAGAAGUUCUCGGGGAUCCUCACGCCGGCGAGGAGGGUAGUGAAGCACCACCACCAGCAGCAGUGCAGUAGCUACGCCUGCUUCCCGACCGCCGCCGCAGCCGCGUUGGAUUCCUUGCAAGGCCUCGACGCUACGUUGCCAAUCUCUGCAUUGCUCAGCUCUCUGACUUCCGGUGGCGGCGGUUCUGGUGGUGGUGGCGGUGGCGGUGGUGGUGGGCCGCCUCUGCUGCAGACUCCAGAGCAGCAGCAGCAGUCUCGUAAUCUUAUCAACUAUGGCGGCGGCAGCAUGGGGUGCCUCGGUAAUGCUACUUAUUCGGACGUCUACCUGAACGAGGCCGAGCACGGGGCGUCGGGCUUCGAGAGCUACCUCUACGGCGGCGGCGGUGGCUGCCUGGAGGCCGUCGACCUCGCCGGCAGCCGCGACAGCACGGAGUUGGGCUUCGGCUUGGAGGAAUACGAAAUGCCGAUGCUCCCGCCCAGCAGCACUCUCUACCUCGACGCCGAGAUGAUGAACGCGUCGACCAUGUGCUUCUACUGACCAAUUAAGGGCCGCCGCCUGCCGGCGUCGCUGGGGAAGAAGACCAUCGUGUACGUGAGCUAGCGAGCAGAGCCGUAGCAGACAGGGGCCCUCUGUUUUUCCCACCGCGCGUGUUCAUAUCGAUUCUGACAGAGAGUUUGGUGGGUCGUGUCUUUCUUGCUGGCGAUUUGCCCAAAACGAUCAAUCCGCCAUGGCAGCUCUUACUGCGACCUUGCAAUCUAUUCACUUCCUCUCUCAUAAUCAAUGCCCCCAUUAUCGUU